UCAGAUUACCCACCCUUCUUGGAGUCCUUAGAGGGGGUAYUGGAGGGUGCUCCCCCUGGGGACUCCCUUGUUCUGCUCCCUUGUUCUGCUGGGGGACUUCAACGCUCACGUGGGCAAUGACAUAAUAGAAAAACUAAAAACCUGUUUCACAGACAGUACCUGGGGGGCCAGUCGAAUGUAUUACAUUGCUAAAUGAAUGGUGAAUGAACUUUUGCUAUAAAGCAGCAGAGACUAUUGCAAUCUGUGUGCUUAAAGAAUAUGACACCAGGUGUACCCCUAGACUUUGUUCAAAGAACAAGGGCAUUUUUGUUUAUAUAUGAGGAUGAGAUGGAGGACUGAUGUGUUUUUGAGUAAUAUUAUUUUAAACUACAACUGUAUAAUUUAUUCAUCAUCAUUUUCACACACGAACUGUCUGAAAUAAGUGUUUUUGAAAUUUUUUUUUUCUAAAUUUUGUUUUUCUCUCUGGGUGUUUGUGUAAGUUUUUCCGCAGGGCAAAUGUUGUUCUCACCGGGGGUUCUCCAUUUCCACCUGGAACCAGCUGUCUGCCACCUUGUGUUAGCCUUUCCAACGGGCGUUUCCUGGGGGGUCUUUUUUGGGGGGGCCCAUCCCUCUCACAGCAUCACGUUCCACCUUUGAGCAGGCCGUGUUGUGGCUGCUCUCUCUGUGCGAGUUCAAGAUGCGAGAAACGAAACGUUCUGGUGAGGAGGAGAGACCCAAAUGGGACAACAAGGUUCAGUACCUGCUGACAUGUAUCGGCUAUGCUGUGGGUCUCGGAAACUUGUGGCGUUUUCCCUACCUUUGCCAGAUCUAUGGAGGCGGAGCUUUCCUCAUCCCUUACCUGAUAGCGUUGGUGUUUGAGGGCCUCCCACUGCUCUACCUGGAGCUGGCAAUAGGACAGAGGCUUCGCAUGGGCAGCGUUGGAGUAUGGAACUCCAUCUCUCCACUGCUGGGUGGAGUCG